UCGCUCUCUUGUUGUCUCGCUAAAGGGUAGCGGAGAGAGUGAAAAAAGUGGAGGAGAAUCCAUGGAGGAGGGAAGUAACGGAAGAGCAGAAGCUCAACGAUGUCUAGAAAUAGCAGAUAAGCUUCUCAUGGCUCGAGAUCUCAUAGGAAGCAAGAAUUUCGCAGUUCAAGCUCAGGAAGCCGACCCUUUCCUUGACGGAGUAGAGCAGAUCCUCUCCAUCGUCGAUGUUCUUCUGGCAGCCGAGAAGCGGAUCAACAAUCACUUGGACUGGUACGCAAUCCUGCAAAUCGGUUGUCAAUCUAACGAUCUGGAACUCAUAAAGAAAAAGUACAGGAGACUGGCUUUUCUCUUACAUCCAGACAAGAACAAAUCCGUCUUAGCCGCCGAUGACGCCUUCAAGCUUGUCGUUGAUGCUUGGGCCGUUUUAUCUAACCCAUCCAAAAAAACCCUCUACGAUAACGAGCUUAAUCUCUUCUCCAAGCUUGUUUCAAACCACAAUCUACAACAACAACCAGUAAAGCCAAGUCCUCGAGGCAAGAAGAGAAAGGCAUCCAAAGAGCAAAUCUUUAACUCAGCUAGCAACAGGACUUCAUCGUUGAUGUCGACUUUCUGGACGACGUGUCCGUACUGCUAUAAUCUCUAUGAAUACCCUAGGAUAUACGAGGAAUGUUGUCUCAGAUGUGAGAAAUGUAAGAGGGCUUUUCAUGCUGUCAUGGUUAAGUCUCUCCCGCCGGCUGUAUCCGGAGAUGAUGAGUUCUUCUAUUGUUGGGGUUUCUUCCCUCUGGCCUUCUCAGAAAAUAAAUCUGGUAGCGGUAAACCUAAAUUUCCUAGCUUUUCUAAUUGGUCGUCUUCACCUCAGAUGCGUCCACCCCAUCUUCAGCCUGGAGGGAAUCGUAGCUCUGCAGACAAAAAUGCUGGGUUUCCUAAUUGGAUGCCUUUCUCUUCCAUGUUUCCACCUCAAUCUCAAGCUGAAGGUAUUCGUAAUGCUACAGCAGACAACGUUAAUUUAGAUGUCGAUGGAGAUGAUGAUGAUAGUUCGGUGGAUAUUAUUGAAAAAGGGCAUUUUCCUGCUCAGGUUAAAGAGAGACCUUUGUCAAAUAAGAAACCUAAAAAAUCAGUAGAGAAAGCGAAUAAUAGAGAUCAGAACUACCCGGGGAAGGCUCAGGAGGAGGAUGGUGAUGGAAGGACGGAGGCGCCCAAUGUUGCAACUGCGAAGCCGCAAAAAAGGAAGAAGACAGUUGCAAAGAGAACUCAGAAACAGAAGGGUAGAGGCCUCCAGAGUAAGAAAGAAACUGUGGAAUUUGAUUUGAAUGGGGAAGUGGGGAUUGAGGUUGAGGAUUCUGAACCUGGGGAAGGAACAGAUACAGGGAGUGGGGAUGAAAAUGUUGCUACAGGGAUUGGCUUCUUUGAGGGACUUGAUGAUUUGCUGGGAAAUAUGCCAAUAUUUAAUGUUGUUGAUGAUGGUGGAAAGGUUGAAGGUGAUGAUGCAUAGUUUGGGAUGAUUCCUGGCUGUUGUUUGUAAGCUUGUUGUAGUGGUUGAUGUAACAAUCUGCAGCCAGAUUUUCUGCUUUACUGGUUGCCUGUUAGGGCAGAUGUAAAUUUUGCUGCAAUGUAUUCGUAUGCUAUUUAGAACCAUUGGGAUGACUUGUUUUUCUUUAUGUAGAUUCUUCCUUUCUGUGAACAUGGCAUGCUGUUUAUUAGGCGGAAAUCAACUGGAAAACCGGGUCUGAGAUGAGCUCAAUUGUCUUACUUCACUGGAGAAGUUUUGGUCUGUUUGUAGUUUCCGUAUUUUCGUCAAGAAGUUAUGGUCUACCCUACUCUUGCAAUGUGUUUCUCAUAUGCCUGCAGAUGAAUAAGUAGU